AAUCUCUUAUAAGGUCCGCUAACUAUUUGGAGGCGAUAACACUGAUUUUGGAUUCCUUUACUUGCAGUGGACUGAAAGGAAACUGACCCACUUACUCAAAGGCGGAAUAGCCCCCUUAGGAACUAAAUUUUAUUUCAUUCAACACCAUUUAAAGUAAUCUCCAGUAAAUCCCCGGGAGAUGUAUCAAAUAUUACCUCAUUGGACAAAAUUAAAUUUCCUUAAGCCACUGUAGUCAACAGUGGAAAAUGAAACUCGACUAAAUUCUGCAGAAGCUUUGCUUGAUUAACAAAAGUCGCUGUCGGAAAAGCCCAAUAUUCAUUCAUAAAAGCAGUGCAAGCACUCUUCCAACAAAAAUUUAACACCCGCUUUUGUUGAGAGUCAAAGCAAUUUUAACAAUUUGUGGUUGAGCCACCACAAACCCGGCAAAAGAGCGCAAGCAAUCGAUUGCAAUCGUCUCUCACCGGCAUUUAUGACGCUCAGGAAGUUGGACAACUGCUCAGUGGGUGUAUGAAAGCCGUUAAGAGUGCGGCUUCACAUUAUGUUGAAGUUGUUACAGCUGGCCCAAAGCUCCAGUGCUGUGCUCCAACUCUGCUAUCAUUAGCGCCAAGAGCCAACCUAACUCAGUUCAGUCAUUUACGUGACGGCAUUCAAGUCAGUCGUUUUUAAGCUUUCGCGUAGUGCAGUCGCGUUGGACGUAGUGAGCGCUUGCCAACUGAAUGUAUUUUGUUGAUUGUGCGGUGUAAAUGAAUAAGGUACAAUUGUAGCUUGUGUUCGGAUGCGGAAAUUGUAAAUUUAAUCAAAACAAAAAAGAACAAGUGUGUUUUAAAAUUUUUAUAAAAAAUUGGUGUGUGAAAAUUUUUUAUAGUGCAAAAUACGAUAAACUGUUUGCUGCCUUUGAGCUUGCGAAAAAAAGGUGCGCCACACACAUAAACGUACGCGAGCGUCGUCUGCUCCUUGCAGCUGUUCUACAAGAAUAUUCUGGUGGCUCCACACAGCAUAAAUUAAGCGACAGGCAACGGUAUAUAAAAAUAGCUGUAGCAGAUAAAAAGACGCGCUCGCAGAAUAAACAAUUUUUGCUUCCAUAACGUCUGUUUAUUGCCAGGCUUCAACCAAAUUGAGAACCAACUUCAGUUCAGCUGUCCAGAAGUGCGUGUGAUACGAAGCAGCUGUGCCUUUGCUAGCACUCGUGACUGAAGUGCGUGUCAAGGCAUCAAUUGCAACAACCACAAAAAGAAUUGUCUACAAAUUUACUUCAACAUACACCACAAAUAGGUGUGAGUUGGUUUGUCUGAAGUGGCGCAGCAAGCUCGAAUAUCAAGUCGAUUUGUAAUCAACAAACAAAACAAUAGAACGUCUGAGUAAUAGGCAAUUUAUGUAAAAUAAAUAACGGAAGUGUGUGACGGAUGAGCACGCGACAGCAAUGGAUCACUAAAUUACUAGAAGGAGAUUGAAAAAGAGAGAGAGAGAGAGAGCAGCAGAGAUAUAAACACUGCCAUUAGCAAAUAUCUGCCUAACACUAGAAAUUCUUACUUCAACACGCCAAGCAAAUAAACGCUAACAUGUUUCUGCCAGUUAAAUCAAAUAUCUCAACGGAUAAUAACUCCGCGGGUGGCAAUAAUGAGGACGUCACCACCACCAGCAACAAUUCCACACAAACACCAAGCGACUUAAGCCCACCGGGUCCGAAUGAGGAGGUACUGCCGCAAGCGCAUCAUCAAAAUCCCGGCCAUUGCAUCGCCUCCUUUGCGGCCAUCAAUCAAAUGCGCAACAACACGCAGCUUUGCGAUGUUUCUCUGGAAGUGGGCGGCGAAACUAUACAGGCUCACAAAGUGGUACUUGCCUCGGUCUCACCAUAUUUCUAUGCCAUGUUCAACGAUGACAUGCUCGAGCGCAAUCAGGGUGCGGUACGUUUGCACGAUGUCGAUGUGACGGCGCUGCGUCAACUCAUCGAUUACACCUACACCGGUGAGAUCACCAUAACCGAGGACAAUGUGCAGGUGCUGUUGCCCGCCUCCAGUUUGUUGCAAAUUCAUUCGGUACGCGAGGCAUGUUGUAAAUUCUUGCUGCGACAGCUGCAUCCAUCCAACUGCCUGGGCAUACGCAGUUUUGCCGAUGCUCAUUCCUGCAAAGAGCUGCAUACGCGAUCGCAUAAAUAUGCGCUACAAAAUUUUCAACAGGUCGUUGGAACCGAAGAGUUUUUACUUUUACCAUUCGAUGAGGUCAAAGAUCUGAUAUCGAACAAUCAACUGAACAUUUGCUCCGAAGAGAAAGUAUUCCUUGCCGUCUUGAAUUGGGUCAAACACGAUCUGGCCGAACGUCAAUGCCACAUAGCCGAAUUGAUGAGCCACGUACGCUUGCCAUUGGUGGGACGUGACUUCCUGAUGACUUGCGUUGAGACGGAGACACUCAUACGCGAGGAUGGUCAAUGUAAGGAGCUCUUGCUGGAAGCCAUGAAAUAUCACUUACUGCCAGAACAGCGCAGCUUGAUGAGCAGCCAACGCACACAAGAGCGCCGACCGGAAGGUAUGAAACCGUAUGUGUUCGCAGUGGGCGGCGGUAGUCUCUUCGCCAUACACAACGAGUGUGAGGUGUACAAUCCGCGCACCAAUGCUUGGACGCCCAUCGCACCGAUGUUGUGGCGUCGUUCACGUUCCGGUGUGACGGCGCUGCACAAACAGCUUUACGUUGUCGGCGGUUAUGAUGGCGUAAGCGAUCUCAGCACUGCCGAAUACUAUAAUCCCCUGAUCAAUAAGUGGACUAACAUUACGCCAAUGGGCACAAAGCGCUCUUGUCUCGGCAUUUGCGCUUACGAUGGAUUGCUGUACGUUUGCGGUGGCUACGAUGGCGCUUCGUGUCUGAGCAGCAUGGAACGUUAUGAUCCGUUGACGGGCAUUUGGAGUUCAUGUCCGGCGAUGAAUACGCGUAGACGUUACUGUCGUUUAGCGGUGUUGGACAAUUGCAUUUACUCUUUGGGUGGCUUCGAUUCGACCAAUUACCAGUCGAGUGUGGAGCGUUUUGAUCCGCGCGCUGGACGUUGGUUCCCCGUGCAGAGCAUGACAGCGCGACGCAGCAGCUGCGGUGUGGCCUCCUCCGAUGGCUACUUGUACUGCAUUGGUGGCAAUGAUGGCACGAUGUGUAUGUCGAGCGGAGAACGCUUCAACUUGCGACGCAACGCGUGGGAACCGAUCGCCGCAAUGCAUUCCAGAAGAUCCACGCACGAGGUCGUCGAGGUAGACGGUGCGCUUUACGCGCUCGGCGGCAACGAUGGCUCAUCAUCGCUAAAUUCCGUAGAACGUUACGAUACGCGCCUCAACAAAUGGACCGUAGUCAAUUCAAUGGUAGCGCGUCGCAGCUCAGUCGGCGCUGCGGUGCUGGAGUGCUUCCAUCUCGAACGCGGACUGGUGCAGACAACGAACUUAUGACCUUUGUCGACAAUAGCAGAAACAUUUGCGGCGGCAGCAGCAGCAGCUGCAGUAGUUGGAAAUGGUAAUGGAAGUGGCGGCAGCAGCGCGGCAACGACAAACGGCACCAGCAAUAACCACCAAGCAACGACAACAAAUGGCGUCACAUCAACUCUAACGAACAAUCUCAUCGUGCCGGGACGUGCAGUCAGCGGACGCAGCAUGCUGGGUGCGGCCGAGGUCAGCGGUAGCAUUGGCAGUCUGAUGAGUAGCAGUACGAGUGCGCUGAGCACCUCAGCGCCAACGACGACGUCCACAUUGCGGCGUUUACGCGAACGCGAAAGGGAACGUGAGAGGGAGCGUGAAAGUAGCAGCGUCGAGAAUCGUGUGAAUGGCGUUGUGGUCGCCGGAAGCGGAAGUAGUAACGGCGCAACAGCAGCGGCUGGCGCAAGCGUUAAUGGCACCGGCGGCACUGCGUCUGCCAAACCACCAUCGACCGCUUGAUGUUUGCGCUUUAAGUGAUGCGAGCGGGGGGAGUAAAGCUAAUGAGUCUGCAAACUUUUUAAGCGUAAGCGAAGGAAUUGAGAGUUUGUGUGGGAGAGGAGUACAGAGAAGGGGGACUUUGAGAAAGUUAAUGGAAAGUUAAACAGUAUUUCUAGUCAAAAAGGCAAGAUAUGUUUAAAGAAUGUUUGAGAUUUUGUCGGAAUUUUGUGUGCGUAACAGUUUGAAAAUGGCUUGUACUCUCUUCAAAGUAUAUAAUUAAAUAAUGUAUUAGCUCGUAAAGGUGUUGCUGCAAUUUUCCAUAAGCGUUUUUUUAGUAAGCAUAAAAUAUUUUUUACAAGCGUACGCCCGCCUCGACCCAUUCCUAAGCACGUACAUACAUACAUACAAACAUACUUAUAUGAAAAAACAUUAAGAAAAUAUUUUAUAUGUACAUACACACACACACAUACGCAUUUAUACAAGUAAAUGUAACAAAUUUUAAGCGCAUUAAGGCGAAAAAAAUCAUAAAUUAAUUAAUAAAAAUUAAAUACUAAAAACUAACCUAAAAUAUUAAAAAACAACUUUACUGCCCCUAUUAGCUAGUUUUACACUAAAUGCAAAUUUUGAAAUGCAACAAACGAGUUCAUUCAUGAUUAUUUAGGGAAUGCGUUACAGAAGAUUUUGUAUCUUUGAAAAAAAAAAAAAAAAAAAAACAAAUUACAAAAAAAUUAAAUUUUGGUGCGCAAGUAAAGCAAAAGUAAAUGGAAUCGAAUAGCGAAAAAUCUACAAAAUAUUUAUAA